AUGGCCGCAAAGCAAAUGGAAGAGAUACAAAAGAAGUUGGCGAUGUUGAACUACCCAAGAGCCAACGCCCCCUCUCAGUCUCUCCUCUUCGCCGGCAUGGAGCGCUACGCCCUUCUCGAAUGGCUGUUCUUCCGGCUAUUGGGUGAUAAGUCUCCAUUUUCACAACAGAAUUUACAAGGGGAUGCUAAUGACCGUGAUGAAGAGACUGCGCGUAUCCAAUAUUUGGCUGAAAUUGCUAAGUUUCUCGGUAUUACAACUAUAAUAGAUACAGAAGCAAUCCAAGGCAGAGGGAGUUAUGAAGAUAGAACUGAAAUGCUUCGUCUUAUUGUAGACCUCGUGGAGGCAAGCAUCUAUGCUGAUAAUCCAGCAUGGAGUAUCGAUGAGCAGGUAGCUAAGGACAUACAGUUAAUAGAUUCUAUUGCAGAGAAACAAGCUAUAAUUUUCUUAGAGGAGUGCAAGCUCUUCCCUGCAGAUGUGCAAAUUCAAUCCAUAUAUCCAUUGCCAGGUGUUUCUGAGCUGGAGACAAAGGUUGCGGAACAGUCAAAGAUACUCUCCAGUCUUCAGCAAAAAGUUGAUGAUUUGGCAUCUAAGCAUGGUUACAAUCCAGAUGAGGAGUAUACUGAGGUGGAAUCUCAACUACGGGCUCAUUUGGAAUCUUUUCUGGAGACUGCAAGAUCAUUCAAUACAAUUUACACAAAGGAAAUUCGUCCGUGGACGCACAUGAUGGAGGUGCCGCAGCUUCAUGGAUUUGGGCCAGCUGCCAAUCGUUUGUUGGAGGCAUACAAGAUGCUUUUGAAGUUCCUUGGGAACAUGAGGAAUCUUAGAGACUCAUAUGCAGCUCUCGCUGUUGGAUCCUCUGAAACAGUAGCUGGCGAGCCUUCUUCGGUCACGAGAAUAAUUUCUGAAUGUGAGUCUGCGUUAACAUUUUUAAAUCGUGAUCUUGGCAUUCUAUCGGCUUCUAUUGCUCGUCAGCAAGGCAACGAAAUGGCAUGAUGAUACAUAUAAGAAGAAAGCGGGGAACCACCAAGGUAGCUUUUUUAAUUCUUUCUAGAGUAAUUUUGGCCAUGCUUUAACACUGGUAGUGUUUUCGUUCAUUACCCGCAUCAAUGAUUGUUUAUCUGUAUAUUUAAAGCCUGUUAGUGGUCAACUUCUCAAUUUCCCUGGUGUCUUGAUAUGAACAAAAUUGA